AUGGAACCGGAAUUUGUUGCUUUUGGACCUAAACAAGAUCCCUCUAUGGCCUCGUCAUUAGAAAUCAUGCAUCCAUUGGAUCCACCACCUCCAGACGUACUAUUAGCUCUAUUGGCGCGGAAUAAAGCCCUCGAAGCGGCUGGAGGCGAUGUCUCCUAUUAUAUUAUCGCAUUAGUGGCGGAAGUGGUCACGUGGCGGCUCGUGCGCGGCGGAUCGCUUCCUUCCGCUUUCAAUAUAAAAUCAUAA